GCGCGUGCGCCGGGUGAAAGGCCGCGCGUCAGGCGGGAAGGGGGGCGGGGCCUGCUCACGCACGCUGGCGCGGUUGGUCGGCGCGGCCUGAGGCCCAUGUGGAGCGGGAGCUGCAGUAGCCGGAUCUCGGGGCAGCCAUGAAGGGUAGCCGGAUCGAGCUGGGCGACGUGACGCCACACAACAUUAAGCAGCUGAAGCGGUUAAACCAGGUCAUCUUUCCCGUCAGCUACAACGACAAGUUCUACAAGGAUGUGCUAGAAGUCGGCGAGCUCGCCAAGCUGGCUUAUUUCAAUGACAUUGCCGUGGGCGCCGUGUGCUGUCGAGUGGAUCACUCUCAGAACCAGAAGAGGCUGUACAUCAUGACGCUCGGAUGCCUGGCCCCUUACCGAAGGUUGGGGAUAGGAACUAAAAUGUUGAAUCAUGUGUUAAACAUCUGUGAAAAAGAUGGCACUUUUGACAAUAUCUAUCUACAUGUCCAGAUUAGCAACGAGUCUGCCAUUGACUUCUACAGAAAGUUUGGCUUCGAGAUCAUCGAGACAAAGAAGAAUUACUACAAGAGGAUAGAACCAGCGGACGCCCACGUGCUGCAGAAAAACCUCAAGGUCCCCUGCCUUGGCCAGAACACAGACGUGCAAAAGGCCGACAACUGAACACACACAAAAAAGCCCAGCGAACACUUUUGUGCACUUGCUUGUCACCAAAUAAGGAAAGAGCGGCCUGUUCUCCCCCCCCCCUGCCCCCUUUCUCCUAAUGUGUGUUGUGUCCUCUCCAACAAAUUAGUAACUUCCCGAGGAUUGUCCAAUUGCGUGUUUGGGUUUUACAGCUCUACUGUUUUGCAUUAUUUUUUGGGGGGAGUGUGGAUUUCUGGUUGUGGGGCGGGGAGGGGGCCUUCAGUCGGUCUUCCAGAAGUCAGGGUUCCCCCCCACCCCCGUGCGUGUGAUCCUCCUUAUUGACGGGCAAAGUUUAAGCAAUACCUUGCAUCCAGAUUCCUAGUAACCAUGCGUCCUUUAAAAAUAUAUAUAUCUCUGGAGGCUGACGCCCUCUAAAAUACUGAACGUUGCUUAGAAGUCCUCCGGCCCCAUUUGCCUCUCCGUGGAUUGCUCUCUCAGCUGAUCCGCAGUGUUUCGAGUUGCCGCUUUCUCCGUUGUAUGCCGAGAGGGGCAGUGACAACCAAGAAGAUCCAUCUUGCCGAGUGUUUUGAUCUUUUUUUUUUUUUUGGUGGGGGGUGUGUGUUGCCAGCCGGGGCAGCGUUCCUUGGACUCUUGUAGGCGAGGACUCCAAGUUGGCUGUACCAUCUCCCAUUUUUCUCCUGCUCCUUAUUGGCGCCACAGUGGCAGAAAGAGAGGGGGGGGGAAGAAACCUUGGCAGAGGAGCCAGGCAAUUUUAAGACUGGCGACGAAGAUCGGCACGUGACGCUUCUCGGAAACGGUUCUGCCGGUUCGGACUCCACUUGCUUACUGAGAUUGUACUCUUAAAACAGAGGAUGGUUAAAACUGCCCCACCCCCUGCUGUUCUGAAGGCUCGGCCACCCCUCUUAACAUCUUAAAGGGGAGGCUUAUAAGACGCCGGUCGAGAGCGGCUUAUUGGAAAAACGUUGUAAGGAUUCGGAAAAUAUUCCUCCUAUUGUAAUGUCUGCGGGCUCCUUUACCGAGCUCUCGCUUUGUAUCGUUUAUGCUUUUUGUUUGCGAUUUUCAUUUUGAGCUUAUAGUGAUCAGUACGGCCGUCGCCAGCUUAAUCUUACGACUUUUUCUCCUUGUUUGGAGGGGGCGGGGUGGAAUGUACCGAAAGGAGAAACGACAAAUCUGCCCCAUCACCUAAAUCAACAUUAAACUGUAUUACUUUCC